CGCCCUGGACAGCCCCACCUCUGCCGGCCCGCCCUCGGCUCCCCGGUCCCCGCCGCCGCGCCUGCCCGGGAAGCCCUGACCACCCGGCUCGGAGCGGUGCUCCCGCCGCCGCAGCCUGCAGCGCCGAGGCCGAGCACAGCAGGGGCUGCAAAGACUUCUCUUGACCCAGUGUCAUCUGGUUGGGUGACACCAGCGCGCAGUUACACCCCAGGCUACUGAGGAGUAGGAAGAUCCUGGCACCAACACAAGAGCCCUUUGGGGCCUCCGGCAGCAGGGUGAAAACUGGAACCUUCCAGGAACAUGAGUGAAUUUUGGCACAAAUUAGGUUGCUGCGUGGUGGAGAAGCCCCAGCCGAAGAAGAAGAGGAGACGGAUUGACCGGACCAUGAUUGGGGAACCCAUGAAUUUUGUCCACCUGACUCACAUCGGCUCUGGGGAGAUGGGGGCCGGAGAUGGACUUGCCAUGACAGGUGCUGUUCAGGAGCAGAUGCGAUCCAAGGGGAACCGAGACAGGCCAUGGAGCAAUUCUCGAGGGUUAUAGCCUCAGCAGGAAAGGUUCUGCUGUCUUGAAGCUUCUACUCUAUGUCCGGUCCAGAAGAGAUGCUGCCUUCACCAGAUCCUACCUAGAACCUGUGACCCCAGGGUCCUUCUCUUCCCCACCUGCCUAACAGUGCCUCAGAAGGCUUGGGGGCUGGACUCCCUUCACUCCCUCUGGCUGCAGCCCCUCCUGGAGAUGGGGGUCAAGGCAGCAGGACUGACCAUAUGAUUACUGGAUGGCCAGAGGAGCUCAGCUGAAGCCCUGGAUACUCUCAGAUCUGAACUAGGAGUUUGAGGGGGGACCUGGAAUGAAUCCCCUUCUCCUGCAUGAUGAUCGAGACGAUCGUGACCUGGAACUCUUAAGCAGGGUAGCUGGGUGAGAUUCUCAGAGCUAAAGCUGGCUUUGCUGAGAAACUCCCUACCUCCCCACCCUUCUCUCUCCUCCAGAAUGAACUGAAGCAGACAUCGUCCUGGGAGGGAGACCAGUGUCUACUCCACUCUUUCUCUGAGGUCUCAGACCUUAAGCUCACAGCACAGUCUUUCAGUAUCUCUUUGCCAAUACCAGGGUCUUUCUCUACCUAGAUCUCUAACCCAAAGUUUCUGUAGCAUUAUUAGCUCCCACACCAUCUCCCUCCCCACUCCUUUUUUCAUUAAACAUUGAAUUUAAGGUGAGUUCGCUUGAUUUCCCCUAUCCUGCUGCUACCUCUGCCCUCCACCCUACCCACCAGGAACCUAGUUGUUUCUUAUUGAAUAAGACUUAAGGUUUAGAUUUUGACCCGAUAACAUUCCAGUUAAGUCUUGGGACCCUGGCCUGGCCUCUGCCAAUCUCCCUACUGGCCCCGGUGAGAGGAGGAAGGGGACUCAAGAGAAUCUCAAAAGGCAACCAGGCGGGAAUUCUGUCACAGGAGGAUGGGAGGGAUGAUGAGAGAAGCUGGCUGAAAGCAGUUAUUUCUGUGUUGCGGAGUUGUUCCCAGCGUGAGAACAGGGAGACCUCAAGAGCAAGCUUUUCAGUUGAGGUACUUCUGACAUUCUGAACUGGGUAGGACUGACCUGGAUGCAGCAUCCUUGGCCUACCCCAGUUUGGACAACCUAGAAUGUCACCAAGUAGUGCCAAAUGUUUCCUGGGGGACAAAAAUUAUCUCUCCAGUUGAGCUGUUUUUUUUUUUUUUUUGCCUCCAGGGUUAUUGCUGGGGCUUGGUGCCUGCACUACAAAUCCACUGCUUCUGGAGGCCUCUUUUUUUCCCCCCAAUUUUUGUUGCCCUUGUUAUUGUUAUCAUUGCUGCCAUUGUUAUUGGAUAGGACAGAGAGAAAUCAGUAGAGGACAGAAAGACAUAGAAGGGGAGAAAAAGACAGACACCUACAGACCUGCCUCACUGCUUGUGAAGUGGCCUCCCUUACAGGUGGGGAGCCAGGGGCUCAAACUGGGAUCCUUAAGCCGGUCAUUGCGCUUUGCGCCAUGUGCCUUUAACCUGCUGCCCUACCGUCCAGCUCCCCAAGCUAUCAUUCUAGAAUCAAGAUAUUGUUCUCUUACGUGGUUUCCACCCCCUACCCCCAUACCCCUUAAGUCAUCCUGAGCUUGAGCCAUGGAUGAACCAGGUCCCAAUAAGUCUUUAUUCAGUGUGGCUUGCACUAGCAUGGGUUUCAGUCCCUGCUGCUUGUAGUCUCAACUUCUCCGGGCUGGCUCUCUAAAGGGGUGAUUUCUUCUACUUGAAGCUGGAAUACAGUGUGGGAUUAUGGAAGGAAGGGAGAGGAGGCUGGUAGAACUGGUGCUCCAGCACCCCCCACCUCCCUGAAUCUGAAGCUCCAUUUCUGGUUCCCAGCCCUAGAACCAGACAAAACAAGACUCAGGGAGUUUUGUCUGAAGAUCAGGCCUGCUCCCCACCUGGCCAGGGAGUCUGCUUCUGGUGGGGACAGGAAGACACAGUGGUCUUUAGGCAUUUUCAGUUUUCUCAGGUGUCUUUUGUUCUGGUCCUUUCCUUGAACAAAGUAGAGUGAUUUAGGGAAACAGAGCCGGUCUGAUGAGCUCCUACCAAUUCUUUGGGUAGGGGUGGGGGUGUGGAAGACGGAAGCAUUUUGUUUGAUGGGAGUGGGGUUCAGAAAUGCAGUUAGUAGGAUCCACCCUGAUUGAACAUACGUCCAACAUUCCCCCACUUACAGUGAUCAAAGUUCCUAUUUUUUCCCCCUCAAGUUUCAGUGUAUUUCCUGCAGUAUUUCAGGGUUUAAGAUUGAUCAUAAAGACACAUUCCCAAUUUACUCUUGGUUCCAGUCUAGCUAGUCACUCUGAAAGUAGUUCAUCUUGGUGCCCUAAUGUAGCUCAGGAGUCUGAGGUGACAGAAUAGAGUGUCGGGGGGUGGGGUGGGGGACUCCUAGACUCUGGUCACUCUGACCUUCAGCUUUGCUCUGAUACCAUUCCUCUGGACACACACUGCUCUCUUCUUCGGUGCUUCUUACAUUUUUCUACCUUCUCUCAUGUCUGUACCUCCCACUGCUAACCACAGAGUCAUGGAAAUGGGUUUGAAAGGUGUAAUUUAUGUUAAAAAUUUGUCAGACUUUUAAAUACAUUUUUCAAAUAAAAGUUGAAGCAAAACUUG